AUUAUAUGUUCAGUAUCUUUCGGUUGGAGCGCCGCGUUUGGAGACGACGCGGACAUUCUCUGAACUGCUCUGAACUCUUCAGAGAUUCGAUCAUAACCUAAAAAUCGUGAUAAUCAACAAGCAAUAUUCGUUGGAAACAAGUCGAAAAAAAUGAGUUUAAAAGCUCUAUUAGUGAAUGAAUUAACGCAGCGUAUUCGAAUGCGUAGCGUUAUUCUACUUAGAACGUAUGCCAGUACGACGGACUCUGGAAAGGAGGAAGUCGUUGACCUAACCUCUGUGGAGCUACGUCCUAGAUUUGACGAUCAAGUAACCGAAGAUGAGAAUGUAAAACUAAACACACGGAGAAACAAAUCUCGUCUCAGCGAAGAGCACUAUAACGUAAUCCAUGGAAAUCGUCCUUACGAAGAGGAUGGACCAGCGUUUCAUCAUUAUACUUGGCAGUGGAAAAGGAAAAUGCUUGGACGGUAUGGGAUCGAAGGCUCCGGUGUUCAUCCUGGUGUUGCUUGGCCAACCAAAGAAGAUAUUGCAGAAAGAAAAGAAUAUGAAAAAGUUGCAUAUCCCAUGAGUCUCCACGAAUGUUGGGAACAAAUAGCGUCUAAAAAAGCACAAGAGGAGGCUGAGAUACAAAAAAGACAAGACAUGAUUGCAGCUAAAUUAGCAAAAACGAGUCAAUGGGAAAAAGAAUUAUAUACUAAGAUUGCCAAAAAAGAGACAGACCUUCAGGCAGCUAAGGAGCGCAAGGAAAGAAUGAUGGAGGAGAUUCGUCGGCACUUUGGUUUCAAGGUUGAUCCAAAAGAUGAAAGAUUCCAGAAAAUGUUGCUACAAAAAGAGAAAGAGGAGAAAAAGUUCCGAAAGGAACAAAAGAAGAAGGAAAGAGCCGAGAAGUUGAUGGCAAGACUUUUGGGAGAACAGACCGAAGGUUCCCCCGAUGAUAAGGCAAGCAACAACGAACAACAAACGAAAGAUACUACUAAUGAUACAACAUCUAAGAAUUUGUCUUGAAGUUUCAUAAUUGUAAAAAUAUAAACAAUGUUGAUAUCAAUAAAUUUGAUUCCAACUA